ACUAGCGCAUGGUCUGUUCCGCCCUUUAGAACGGCCAAGAUGCGAUCCAUUUUAUUUUUCUCAGCGGUGCACAGACUGAACAUUUCUUAGACAAAUAAAAACAAAAAUAAAAAAGGAUUUUUGAAGCGCGAAUUUCUAAGGACAGACAGCAAGACCACAGAUUCUGAUGUUUUUGGGGGUUUUUUAAACCGAAGAAGAGAAAGUGAAACAAAGAUCAAGAUCAUUGGUUUUAUUCAAAAGCUGAGAAUGGCUUCUGUGAAAAUAGUAUCUGUAGAAGAUCUUAAUUGUCCAGUGUGCUUUGACAUCUUUAAGACUCCUGUUCUUCUGUCAUGUAGUCACAGUAUCUGUAAAGAGUGUCUUCAAAAGUUCUGGAGAGACAGGGAUAUUCAGGACUGUCCCAUCUGCAGGAGAAGAUCCUCAAGAGACGAGCCUCCAUGUAAUCUGGUGUUAAAGAACUUAUGCGAGUCAUUCACAGCAGAAAGUGCUUCAGGGUCUGAGGAGGUCUGUAGUGUCCACAAUGAGAAAUUCAAACUCUUCUGCUUGGAUCAUAAACAGCUUGUGUGUAUUGUGUGCAGAGACUCAGAAAAACACUCUAAUCACAAAUUCAGCCCAGUCAAUGAGGCUGUUCCAGCUUACAAAGAGCAGCUUAAUACAGCGCUGAAGUCCUUACAAGAGAAGCUUGAACAUGCAGAGAAAAAUAAAGGCGAGUGUGAUACAACAGUCCGGCACAUCAAGACUCAAGCUGAGCUCACAGAACAGCAGAUUAGAGAAGAGUUUAUGAAGCUUCAUCAGUUUCUGCAAGAUGAAGAAGCAGCUUCAAUCACUGCACUGAGGAAGGAGGAAGAGCAGAAGAGUCAGACGAUGAAGGAGAAGCUUGAGAAGAUGAACAGACAGAUCUCAGCUCUAUCAGACACAAUAAAAGACAUAGAGGAGAAGAUGAAUCGAAGUGACGUCUCAUUUCUACACAGCUUUAAUGCCACAAUGGAAAGAGCCCAAAGUUCACAGCAAGAUCCACAGAUGCUUUCUGGAGCUUUGAUUAAUGUGGCAGAUCAUCUGAGAAACCUGACCUUCAGAGUCUGGAAGAAGAUGCAGCAACUUGUUCAAAACUCUCCUGUGACUCUGGACCCAAACACUGCUAAUACUUAUCUGAUCCUCUCUGAUGAUCUGACCAGUCUGACAAGCAGUGAAAAGUGGCAACAAGUUCCGGAUAAUCCAGAGAGAUUCGAUGAAUAUUCCUGUGUUCUGGGUUCAGAGGGCUUUGACUCAGGAACACACUUCUGGGAUGUGGAGGUUGGAGACAAUUCAGAGUGGGUUAUUGGAGUAACCACAGAAUCGAACCAAAGGAAAGGAGACGUUUUCUUCAAAACCAAUGUCUGGUGCAUGUGGUAUGAAGAUGGUAAAUAUUUCUCACAAUCCCCACAGAAACCAAACAGACCAGUUCCAGUUAAAGAAAAGCUUCAGAGGGUGAGAGUGGAGCUGGACUGGGACAGAGGAAAACUCUCAUUCUGUGAUCUUGUAAAUAAUACACUUCUACGCACAAUAACAACCUCCUUCAAAGAGAGAGUCUUUCCAUUGUUUUAUUCUUUUGAUGGAUCUGUCCCUCUGAAGAUAUUACCAGCUACAGUAGUUGUAACAACAGAAAAACAGUUUUGUAUGACGCGCUAGUAACAUUACAUCUGCCUUAAUAUUAAAGAUCAAUAUAAUCGUUUUUGAGCCCAAUAUCAUUCGGCCUUUAACUGAAUUAGCUCAAAGUACUCAUACUCAAAGGAAUCUAAUUCUUUAGCUAUAUGUAAUCUUUCACUCAGUUAUAAUACUGAUUAUUGUAUGUUAAUAGCAUCUCCAGAGCCUUCCUUUUAACAAGUCUGUCUUCAGCUCUGUCCUCAUCUUCAGGACACUAAUGCAAGCAAGUGUCAUUUGGUCAGUACUUGUCUUUUGAAUAUCUAGGGAUUGUGCUGAAAGGUGCUCCAAGCAUUCUGUUUAUCAUUAUUUACAGGCCUCCAAAAUA